UCCUCCUCUUCUUCUCCUCCUCCUCCUCCUCCUCUCCCGUCUUUAUCCUAACCUCGGAGGACAGCUAGGAUGGAGGACAGUGUGUGGACCGUGUGCCUUCUUGUCAUUCUGACGCUGGGAUGGACCGAGGCUCAGGGUCAGAACAACUACACCAGGCCCAUCUUCCACUGCGGAGGCCACCUGGUCACAGACUCAGGAAUCGUAGCCAGUGAGGGAUUCCCCAGUCCCUACAAACCCAACACUAAAUGCACCUGGUACAUCACCGUCCCAGAGGGCCACGUGGUCAUGCUGUCUUUCCGCCUCUUCGACAUGGAGGCCGACCCCACCUGUCGGUACGACUACCUGGACGUCUACAACGGUCACACCCGCUUGGUGCAGAAGCUGGGUCGUUUCUGCGGGACGUUCCGGCCCGGCGCCCUCAUCGCCACCACCAACACCAUGAUGUUAGAGAUGGUGUCGGACGAGGCCACCGGAGGAAGAGGCUUUCUCGCCGCCUUCAGCGCGGGGAAGCCACAUGUGGAAGAGAACCAGUUUUGUGGAGGACGUCUGAUCAAACCGCAGGGCUCCGUCAAGACGCCCAACUGGCCCAACUCUAAUUACCCAGCAGGCAUCAGCUGCUCCUGGCACAUCUCUGUAGAACCAGGCAAUGUGAUCGAGGUGAAGUUUAUUAAGCUGGACUUGGAGCCUGACACGUACUGUCGCUACGACUAUGUGGCAUUGUUUAACGGGGGCGAGAGGGAUAACUCCCGGCGGAUUGGGAUUUUCUGCGGAGACAAGUCACCGGGAACAAUAGUGACAAAUGGGAACGAGCUCCUUGUCCAGUUUAUCUCCGACCUCAGUGUGACCUCAGAUGGCUUCAUGGCCCACUACUCCAGCGUGCCCCGCGGGUCUCGGACGCCCACCCCCGGGGGAGAUUUCAUCUUUCGACCUCAGACGACCUCAACACCACAAAGAACAGUCGUGAAGCCAAGCAAACCCACAAAACCAACCCCCAAACCUAGACCUGGCCUAAAGCCUAAACCCACCCCAAAACCAACCAAAAGACCACUAGUGAAGAUACCGCUGAAGCCUCCACCGCGCAAACCUAUCGUCAAGCCCACGGCUAAACCCAAACCAGCAAAACCCACACCUAAAGCACCUGUGAAAAAGCUCACACCUAAAGCACCCGUGAAAAAGCCCACACCUAAACCUAGAACUAAACCUACUUCCAAACCGAAGAUUAUUAAGCCAACGCUCAAACCAAGCAUCAAAGUUAAACCCACACGGAAGCCUGCACUGAAGACCAAGCCCACCUUAAAACCUGGUGUCAAACCAGUAAAGCCAACCCCUAAGAGCGGAGUUAAACCAACAGCCAAACCCAAGAUUAAACCUAAAGUGACACCUAAACCUGGAGUUACCAAGACAGUGACGAAGAAGCCUUUUGUGAGCAAGACACCUUUACCACUGAACCCACUGUGUACACAAGCCUGUAAGAGGACAGGAACUCUCCAAUCCAGCUUCUGCCCUCAUGACUUCGUGAUUACUGGUAAGGUUACAGAUGUGACCACUGGUCCAGGGGGCUCAGCGACAGUUGAGGUGUUCCUAAUCAAGGCCUAUAAGGCAGGACGACUGAACAUCACCAAAUCAGGGCCCAUGAUGUCGGUCACACUGACCUCCACCUGCAAGAGAUGCCCCGGGAUAAUCAAAGGCCGGAACUACGUGUUGAUGGGAAAAGUCGAUGAACAGGGCAACGGCCUCCUCAACCCGUCCAGCUUCACUCUCCUCUAUAAGCCCAUCCACGCCAAAGCACUGGUCGGUCUCGCGCGCAAACAGUGCUGACAUCACAGCCUGACAUCACACUCAGAUGGACAGCCCUGACUAUCUCUCUGAAAACAUUUAACUUUACAUGAAGCGUGAAAAUAUUAUGAGUAAUAUCCAAACCUAAUUUUUUACACAAUGCAAUACUGUCAUGAAAAGUUAUUUUAAGAGUAAACAUACAUCAUUAAGUAUUAUAUUUUGUAUUUUGUAUGUAAAUUAUGAUUAUUAUUUCUGUGAUAAAAAAUGCAAAUCAAUAAACCAUGUGAUUCUGGUGCUGAUAAAUGUACUAGGUGACUAAUGAGGGAAAUAGGAGCAGGUGGGUGUGGAGAUCAUGUGGCUGGAGUUGGUAUAAACACAUUGAGGACAAAGGUUGUAAUCCGUGGUCCUGUGAUAUUUGCACGUAUUUAAAUGAGGUAAUAUGUAUACAUUUGACACAAAAUUGGUCCAUUUCUAUUCAAAUGAGCCUCAUUGCAAAAACAGUCCAAUUCCAAAUAUCAGCGCUAACAGCCACAUGCAGUUACAGUGAAGUUAUUAGCAUAUUCAGAGAGUUGGUGGUAACUGAAGCACCUUUAUAAGGGGUCCCAUGCCGACUUUCCAAUGAUCAUGACAUAAAACCCAAAUACGGUUUGUCUCUGUCACGUUUUAAAAGUCAUAAAAGAGGAUCAUAAAAGUCAUUAGGAUUCAUCCUCUUGGGACCGUGAAUAUCUGUACAAAAUGUAGUAGCAAUAGUUCAGUCUGGUCCACUUUUUACUUUAUGAUACAAAAAAUUAUAAUAUCCAAACCUGUUGUAAUAAUUUUGAAUGCAAAAAAAUAUUUUGUAUGUUAAUAUGUCUGGGAUAAAAGAUGGAUCUCAAAUAAACCAUAUGGUUGUGGUG